GAUUCUUAAGCCCUAGCGCGCGCGAUACCAAUCGAUCGAUCUAGAUCUGCGGGAGCUGGAUCAUGGCCGACAUCGAGAAGAUCCCGCUCCACGCGUCGUCGCAGUCCGACAUCGACGAGAUCGAGAAUCUCUUCCAGAUAAGUGUCCAGCCCGCGGCGCCGGUAGAUUCCAGCUCCAGGAGGCCGCCGAGCCCGCCGCGCGCCACAAUUCCAGUCACGCCAGUGGCAUCGGCAGCGAAAUCCAAAGGAGCUCCUCCUCCUCCUCCUCCUCCGCCGCCUCCUCCGUCAUAUCCAGCGGCCAAUCUCAAUGCCUCCUCUUCCUCCGAGACCUCUCCAGCGAUGAUGACGGGAUUUGGGGGCGGCCCCGGCUAUGACACUCUCACGGAGCCAGUGUGGGAGACGCUCAAGCGCGAUAUCAACCAGGUGUUUGAGAACCUCAAGAAUGUGGUGUUUCCAAAUCCAUACCGCAAGGACGCUGGCAAGGCGCUGAAGGAUUGGGAUCUCUGGGGGCCAUUCUUCUUCAUCAUUUUCCUCGCAACCGUUCUCUCCUACUCGGCCUCCGCGGAUCGGGCCAAAGUUUUCGCGACCGUCUUCGCGGUUCUCUCCGCCGGAGCGGUGGUUCUCACAGUGAACGUAGUCUUGCUGGGUGGCAGCAUCAUCUUCUUCCAGAGCUUGAGCGUGCUGGGCUACUGCCUCUUCCCGCUGGCUGUUGGAGCGGCGAUUUGCAUGGUCCGAGACAACAAGCUGUUUAGAAGCGUGGUGGUGCUCGUCACGGUGGCGUGGAGCUCCUGGGCGGUGUAUCCUUUCAUGAGCUCCGCUGUGCCGGGUAGCCGGAAGGCGCUGGCCAUCUAUCCGGUGUUCCUCUUGUACGUGUCCUUGGGCUUUUUGGUCUUGGCCAAUAACUGAUGCGAUAGAGAAAAUUUUCCCACGCG